UUCUUCGAUCAAAAUAUUGCUAAAGAAGAAUGAAUUCGCCGGAGCUUUCUGUCCAGUGUUGGUGUUAAAAAUGAUAGUGUAAGCGCCGGUGGAAAAGAAUGCAUGAAAACAGAAACGAUUCUUAUUGUUGUCAUCUUAGAAGGUGUAGCAUUGAUGAUCUGUUUCGCAAUUAUCAUUGUACUUCUAUUGAGGAAGGUUAAUUUAUCCAUUGUGCCAAUCAAACAUGAUGCGGAUGAUGAGGAGGUGAGGAGAGAGAAAUCUCUACUUCUAAAUUUUGGUAUCAUAAAUGCAGCAACCAGUAAUUUUUCUGAAGUAUACAAGCUGGGAGAGGGCGGAUUUGGGCCAGUUUAUAAGGGGGUUCUCCAUGAUGGACUGGAAAUAGCAGUGAAAAGGAUGUCCAGAACUUCAGGGCAGGGUGUAGUAGAACUGAAAAAUGAGGUAGCUUUUCUGGCUAAGCUUCAGCACAGAAACCUUGUGAGAUUGCUGGGAUGUUGUGUGGAAGAGGAGAAGCUACUAGUCUAUGAAUUUCUUCCAAAUAGAAGCCUUGACAAACACUUGUUUGAUCCAGUUCAGAAAGUACAAUUAGACUGGGGAACGCGAUAUAAGAUUAUUGAAGGAAUUGCUCAAGGUCUUCUUUACCUCCAUGAAGAUUCACGCGUCAGAGUGAUACAUUGUGAUCUGAAAGCAAGCAAUAUCUUGCUGGAUAGCAAUAUGAACCCUAAAAUUUCAGACUUUGGCCUUGCAAAGCUCUUUGGCAUCGAGGAAGCUCAAGGAAACACAAGUCGAAUCGCCGGCACAUAUGGAUAUAUGGCGCCAGAAUAUGCAUUGCGUGGGUUAUUCUCCAUCAAAUCAGAUGUGUAUAGUUAUGGAGUGCUGGUACUUGAGAUUAUUACUGGGCAAAGGAACGUUUGUCUUGACGAAUCGAUCGAUUCUGUGGAUCUUCUAAGAUCUGUAUGGAAAAACUGGAAAGAAGGGCAAGCACUGCAAGCUGUGGAUCAAACUCUUGGAGAUCGAUACUUGCCAAAGCAGGCGCUGAGAUGUUUACAAAUUGGUCUACUCUGCAUACAAGAAGACCCAACUCAGAGGCCAAGCAUGGCUUCUUUGGUUGUGAUGCUUAGUUCUUACUCCUUUAUGAUCCCAGAACCCUUAAUUCCAACAUUCCUGAGAUAACUUACCAGUUGCUCCUUUCAGUUCUUUUUUGUUUUUUUUUUCUAUAAUCUUUUGGAUCAAUCGCUUUCAAGCGAUGCUUCUCGUUUGUAUAUGAAAAUUUUGUUUUAAUUAAUUGGCCGGCAAGUUCUUCA